AUGCUGUGCUUAUUCGCGGGAGAUUGGUAUGCCCAGCUGCGAGAACGAGAGGCUGGCUCGGGUGGUGGAGUGUCGAAGGUCCAGUCAAAUGAAGAGGAUGCCAGUGAGGCCAUUAACCCACAGGUUGUGAGAGUGUACUCAGAUAUUGGUAAAUGGCUGAGUACGUAUAAGUCUGGUAAGAUACCCAAGGCUUUCAAGAUCAUCCCGAGCCUCAUCAACUGGGAGGAGGUAUUGUUCAUAACGAAUCCUGUCGAAUGGACUCCUGCUGCUACUCGAGAGGCAACUAAGAUAUUCGUCUCUAGUCUCAGCCCAAAGCAAGCUCAGAGAUACCUUAAUUUGGUACUCCUACCGGCUGUUCGAGAGGACAUAGCUGUGAAUAAGAAACUCAAUUUCCACUACUAUGAGGCCCUCAAGGCGGCCACGUUCAAGCCGGCGGCGUGGUUCAAGGGCAUCUUCCUGCCGCUCAUACUUUGCCCUACUUGCACCAUCAGGGAGGCAGUCAUAGUCUGCAGUGUGUUGGCAAAAUGCUCCUUGCCGGUUCUCCACUCUGCGGCAGCCUUGGUCAGACUGUGUCAACUCACUGGCCUCUCCUGGCCUGGUCCUACUGCGAGUAUUGCUAUAAGGACCAUCAUUAACAAGAAGUACUCCCUGCCCAAGAGGGCUGUCAGUGCCGUUGUUGAUCAUUAUAAGGGAUUCAUACCAGAUCAAAGGGAAAUGCCUGUUCUAUGGCAUCAGUCGCUUCUAGCUUUUGUGCAGAGGUACAAGCACGAGCUGUCACAGUCGGAGAUUCGAACGCUGAAGGCGGUUAUGAAGGCGCACCCUCACAAGGAGAUAACGAUUGAGAUUCGGCGCGAGCUCGCAGCCGCUGAGGAUGGGAAGAUGCUCUACGGAUCAGCCCCAGCUGGAGGUGCAUCAAAUGACCCUUUCCCAUCGCUGAGGCAGUUCACUGCUUCCGCUGCAAUGGAUCUCAGCUGA